AUGCCUUGUUCGUUCCAAGAGGCAAGCAAAAGAUUUGACCGUUUACACGUUUUAAGCCUUACCAAAAUUAGGGAUAGAUGUGCGGCGCGUCGUUCAGCGCCGUAUAAUAGUAAUUCACCAGUUGAGUUAGCGAACCAUAUUGCUUUACAAUUAUUUUAUGCCAAAAUUUUUUUCUUGCCGUGCCGCUUCCGCGGUGCAUCACAGCGCCCAAAUAGAGGGACACUCCUUUUGGUAGUUAAGAUAGCUGUGCUCCCCAAGAAAAAUACCUACAACGGGUUGCGACAGAACUUUUCCCCAGACAAGCGGAGAAAACUACUGCACUUAAUAAGGGGGCACGAAGGGAGCGCCUAUGCUGAGAAUCUGAACGAAAUUUGGAAAGGUAAUGUGGAGGGCAGGCCCAAUAGCCGCCGCCAAAGAAAACUAUUUUCGAUGCGCGUCAAGCGGCAAGGGAACAACUUAGGUGUUGAUGAGCGCAGCGUAAAAAAAAAUUGUGCGAUGGCUGUCUGUGGCUGUUGGAAAGGGGGCCAAUUGGGGAGGUCAAUGGCCAAGACGCUUCUUUGUGUUGCGCCUGCGGUAAAUCGCCUGUCGCCUUAA